AUGCUUCGUCAUUUGAUUCCCGGUGCUAUUCUGUGUCUUUUGGCAUCCGCCUAUGGCUUUGUGCCUCGCGCUGCCCCCGAAGUUGACAAGAAUUUUGGCUUAUAUGCCUACGGUGACUCUGUCGGUGGGCUUUCGCUUUUCUAUGCGGACGGCAAGGCUUUCAUCGGUGACCCAUCCAAUUCGACAUCGUCCUCCGCCGUCCCGGUCUCCUUCAAGCGUUCAUCUGGUUCCAACGAGUGGAUCGCAAACCCAAAUAGCACCACUAUUACCAAAACCGAUGCCAGCUGGUCCGAUGAGAUGCUGUACAUCCCAAGCUCGUCAUCCUCUUCGCGCCAGAUGGGCUUCACCUCCAAGGCCGUGUCUAACGAGACCACUACUGGGUUUAUUUUCUACGGACAGUGGGUAAUGGUUGAGACAAAAUCCGGGGACAUCUCUUCCAGCUUCUUUGUUCGGGCUUCGUCCGACGGCGGCGUCUAUGCCCUGCUGUGGAAUGUCACCGAUGACGAUACUGCUAUUCCAAUUUCGCUGCGCUCAGCUAAGCCAUCGAAUUAG